AUGGAUCGCUAUCAGAAGACCGUACGGCGGGUGAAAGGUUUAAGCCCGAAACUUGCCCUACAGUACGUUAUGCCUGCCCUCAAGCCCGGACCUUUCAAGGAUAGUGUUUGUCGGCGAGCUCCUAAGACCAUGAAGGAACUGAGAGAGAGGGCGACCGAUGAAAUAAGGGUAGAAGAGAUGAAGCAGUCAUAUAAGAAAGAAGGCCAGGAAGUCAAGGGAGAGAAGACUGACGGAAGGAGGUUGAACGGUAGAACCGGCAAGCCGGGGGAGUUCAAGCAGAGAGAACCCAGGGGACCGCAAUUCCAACAGUACACCCCGCUGAACGCCCCACGGGAAAAGAUAUUUCAAGAGGCGUUGAGCGCCGAGUUAAUCAUGCCGCCAAAGAAACGACCCACGCUGCCAGGGGCAGACGACAACAAACAUUGUUUAUACCACAAGAACAUGGGUCACACCACGGAGGAGUGUGUGACCCUGAAGGAUAAGAUCGAAGAGCCACUACGAGCGGGACGGUUGAAGAAAUACGUGAAGGCUGACCGUCCCGAGCCACCACAACAGCAACCACGAAGUCCCCGACGGACGACUCCAUGGAGAUUGGAGAGACGUGAAGGAUCGAGACAUGACCGAGCAGACCAUUCUCGGGCCAAAAGGCGACGAAGCAGAAGCCGAAGCAGGACCCAGGACCGUCCCCUACGAGGACAUAUCAACAUGAUUUCUGGAGGAUUCGCGGGGGGUGGGUCCACUUCAUCCGCCCGAAAGCGUCACAUACAGGCCUUGUGA